AUGGAGGCCGAUAUCAGAGCUGUGCUGCCGCACAUUGACCCCGUAGUCUCCGAGUACUCUGUGGGCUACUUAACGCAUGCGUCAACCUCCUACUUGGACGAGGAGGAUACAUCGGGCGAGUCACCACUGAACGAGGCUGCUUCCACCAUCACCGAGCUCCUACUGUCCGCAUCUGGCCAAGUCAAUGCUGAGCUGGAGGAGAAGAUCAAACAAUUGGUCGAGAAAUGGGUCGACAAGUACACCGAGGCCAAUGGAGGCCAGAGACGAGGUCCCUCGACUGUCAAGCGCUUAGACCAGACUAUCCAGGUGAGCCAGCAGCGCAACAUGUCGUCCACCUUAGCUGUGGCGACCGGUGGCGUGGACCUGGAGUCUGCAAACGCAAGGAAGGUUGAGUCCAAGGUCGAUCGCAAGAAGCUUGAGAAGGCAGAGAGAAAGAUUGCCGCCAAGCAGCAGAAGAAGACCUUCAAGACUGUCGAGUAUGAGGCAUCCAAGCUGCUUGACCAACCCGAGUCAACCCAGUCAUACGAAGAGUUCUAUAUGGCUGUCAACCCUCUGCAAAUGGGCUCCAGCUCCGCAAACAAGUCAAAGGAUAUCAAAUUGGACAACAUCGAUGUGUCGAUCAGUGGAAAUCGCAUUCUUACAGACACAACGCUCACUCUCGCCUAUGGCCACCGUUAUGGUUUGGUUGGUAACAACGGUGUUGGUAAAUCGACACUGCUUCGAGCUCUGUCUCGCCGUGAGGUUGCAAUUCCACUCCACAUCUCCAUUCUGCAUGUUGAACAAGAACUGACAAGAAAGAUCACUGGUGACGACACCCCAGCCAUCCAGGCGGUUCUCGACGCCGAUGUUUGGCGCAAGGUUCUAUUGAAGGAGCAAGAUCAAAUUACGGCUCGCCUGGCAGAAUUGGAGAAGCAACGUGCUUCCCUGGCCGACACAUCUGCUGACGCGGCAAGAAUCGAUCGUGAUAGAGAGGCCCAGGAUACCAAGUUGGGAGAUGUUCAGUCCAAGUUGGCCGAAAUGGAGUCAGAUAAAGCCGAGUCACGAGCUGCUAGUAUUCUCGCUGGUCUCGGUUUCUCACCAGAGCGACAGCAGCACGCCACCAAGACCUUCUCUGGUGGUUGGAGAAUGCGUCUGGCCCUUGCCCGAGCGCUUUUCUGUGAACCUGACUUGCUUCUUCUUGACGAACCGUCUAACAUGUUGGACGUUCCUUCGAUUACAUUCUUGUCCGAGUACCUUCAAACAUACCCCAGCACCGUCCUCGUGGUCUCUCACGACAGAGCGUUCCUCAACGAAGUCGCCACCGAUAUCAUUCAUCAACACUCUCAGCGUCUCGACUACUACCGUGGAGCCAACUUCGAUACCUUCUAUGCCACUCGUGAGGAGCGUAAGAAAGUCGCCAAACGAGAGUACGAGAACCAGAUGGUGCAGAGAGCCCAUCUGCAGGCAUUUAUCGACAAGUUCCGGUAUAACGCCGCCAAGUCUUCAGAAGCCCAGUCCCGUAUCAAGAAGCUCGAGAAGAUGCCUGUCCUUGAACCGCCAGAGGCUGAGUACAGCGUCAAAUUCACAUUCCCCGAGGUCGAGAAGCUAUCGCCCCCCAUUGUACAGAUGUCUGAGGUCACUUUUGGUUACAACAAAGACAACAUCCUGCUCCGCAAUGUUGACCUGGAUGUCCAGCUGGAUUCUCGAAUUGGUAUCGUCGGACCCAACGGUGCAGGUAAAACAACCAUCCUGAAGCUGCUCAUUGGUAAGCUGGAUCCUUCGUCUGGUCUGAUCUCGCAACACCCUCGUCUCCGAAUUGGAUUCUUCGCUCAGCAUCACGUUGAUGCCCUUGACCUCAAUGACAGUGCUGUGGGUUUCAUGUCAAAGAACUAUCCGGGACGAACAGAUGAAGAAUACCGCCGACGACUUGGUGCAUUCGGUAUCACCGGCACAACGGGCCUACAGAAGAUGGGAUUACUUUCUGGAGGUCAAAAGUCUCGUGUUGCUUUUGCUUGCCUGGCUCUUACGAACCCCCACAUUUUGGUUCUUGACGAGCCUUCGAACCAUCUUGAUAUUGAAGCCAUGGAUGCUCUGGCUGAGGCGCUCAACGAAUUCCAGGGUGGUGUGCUGAUGGUGUCUCACGACGUCACAAUGUUGCAGACGGUGUGCAAAUCGCUGUGGGUUUGUGAUGGCGGCACUGUCGAGAAGUUCCCUGGCGAUGUCCAGGCGUACAAGAAGAGGAUUACCGCGCAAGCUAAUGCUGCAGGUGUUGUUAAGCAGCAUUGA